ACAAUCAGCUCUCUGAUGAUCCUCGGCGGAGGGGAAGGGUGGGGAGGCGUAGAUUUGGCAGAGGACAAACCCAGACUUUCGUCACAGGGACAGACCAAAGUGUUAACACAAAGGGAGAACACGGGAGCAUCCCGCACGCUGCAUUUCAGCCACAGAAAGCAUGGCACCGCUGGGGGCCCGGCCCCUGCCCUGACGCCCGGCCGCCGCCGCCCCUCCCGAGCUGCCGACAUGCUCGCGGGCUCAGGACCCCAGGGACGACGCAGCCUGGCCGCGCUCUCCCAAAUCGCCUACCAGAGGAACGACGACGAUGAGGAAGAGGCCGCCCGGGAACGGCGCCGCCGAGCCCGGCAGGAGAGGCUGCGGCAGAAGCAAGAGGAAGAAUCCUUGGGGCAGGUGACCGACCAGGUGGAGGUUAAUGCCCAGAACAGUGUGCCCGACGAGGAGGUCAAGGCAAGCAGCACGAACACUCAGGCGGAGGGUGGUGACGAGGCUGCGCUCCUGGAACGCCUGGCUCGGCGGGAGGAAAGGCGCCAGAAACGCCUCCAGGAAGCGCUGGAGCGGCAGAAGGAGUUCGACCCAACAAUAGCGGACGCAGGUUUGUCGCUCCCCAGCAGGAGGCUGCAAAACGACACAGCAGAGAAUGACAGCGCAGAGAAGGAAGAGAAGAGCGAGAGCCACCGAGAAAGAUACGAGAUGGAGGAAACUGAAAUAGCCACAAAGUCCUACCAGAAGAAUGACUGGAGGGAUGAUGAAGGGAAAAAGAAAGACGAGAAAGAGAAGGAGCAAGAGGAAGAAGAGAAGCCAAAACGCAUUGAAGACAACCAGGUAGAGGUGACGGGAGAAGAGAAUGCAGCAGAAACAGUGGUGAUGUCAUUGAAAAAUGGGCAAGUCAGUGCAGAGGAGCGUGAAGUAGAGGAGGAGAGGGAACAGGAGGCUGAUGAGAUAACCCCCAGCGAGAAGCUAGAAGCAGAAGGAAGGGAGAGAGCCGAGGCAGAGAGGGUCAGGCUGGAGGCAGAAGAAAGAGAGAGAGUUAAAGCUGAACAAGAGCAAAAGAUAGCAGAGGAGAAAGCAAGGAUUGAAGCAGAAGAAAAGGCAGCUGCCCAAGAGAGAGAAAGAAGGGAGGCAGAGGAGAGGGAAAGGAUUAGAGAGGAGGAGAGAAGAGCCGCAGAGCAGAGGCAGAGAGCGAAGGCUGAGGAAGAGCAGAAAGCUAAGGCAGAAGAGCAAACACGGAAAAAGCAGCUAGCAGAGAAAAGAAGUGAGAUGCAAGAGAAAAAGAUAAAGGGGGAAAAGGUGGAAGAGAAAAUAGAAGGGAAACAGGUAAAUGCAAAGAAAGCACAAGAGGAUAAGCUUCAGACAGCUGUCCAAAAGAAACAGGAAGAAGAAAAGGGGGUUAAAGUGCAAGCUAAAAGAGAAAAGACCCAAGAAGACAAGCCUACCUUCAAAAAAGAAGAGAUCAAAGAUGAGAAGAUUAAAAAGGACAAAGAGCCCAAAGAAGUUAAGAGCCUCUUGGAUGGAAAGAAGGGAUUUACAGAAGUGAAGUCACAGAAUGGAGAAUUCAUGACCCACAAACUCAAACACACCGAGAAUACUUUCAGCCGCGCGGGAGCGAAGGCCAGCGAGGCCCGGGAGGCGGAGGGCGCCCCGCAGGUGGAAGCCGGCCGGCGCCUGGAGGAGCUUCGCCGCCGCCGCGGGGAAACCGAGAGCGAAGAGUUCGAGAAGCUCAAGCAGAAGCAGCAGGAGGCGGCCUUGGAGCUGGAGGAGCUGAAGAAAAAGAGGGAGGAGCGAAAGAAGGUCCUGGAGGAGGAAGAGCAGAGGAGGAAGCAGGAGGAAGCCGAGCGCAAAGUCAGAGAGGAGGAAGAGAAGAGGAGGCUAAAGGAGGAGAUUGAAAAGCGAAGGGCAGAAGCUGCUGAGAAACGCCAGAAGAUGCCAGAAGACGGCUUAUCGGAGGAGAAGAAGCCAUUCAAAUGUUUCACUCCUAAAGGUUCAUCUCUCAAGAUAGAAGAGCGAGCAGAAUUUUUGAAUAAGUCUGUGCAGAAAAGCAGUGGUGUCAAACCUACUCAUCAAGCAGCAGUCGUCUCCAAGAUUGACAGCAGGCUGGAGCAAUAUACCAGUGCAAUUGAGGGAACAAAAACUGCAAAACCUGCAAAGCCAGCAGCCUCGGACCUUCCUGUUCCUGCUGAAGGUGUACGCAAUAUCAAGAGCAUGUGGGAGAAAGGAAAUGUGUUUUCAUCCCCCACUGCCUCAGGCACACCCAAUAAGGAAACUGCCGGCUUGAAGGUGGGGGUUUCCAGCCGCAUCAAUGAAUGGCUAACUAAAACCCCAGAUGGAAACAAGUCGCCUGCUCCCAAACCUUCAGAUUUGAGGCCAGGAGAUGUAUCUGGCAAGCGGAACCUCUGGGAAAAGCAAUCCGUGGAUAAGGUCACUUCCCCCACUAAGCAGGUUUGAGACAGUUCAAGAACGAACCCAAAGUAGCUGCUCAAGAUGCUGGACCAGCUGAACUGGGCUAAUUUGCUCUGUUUUAUAUUUAUGUUGAUUUACUAAAUUGGGUUCAUUUCCUUUUAUUUUAUUUCUCAUUAUCCCCAGUAAACCAUGUAUAUUAUCACUAUAUUUAAUAAUCACAGAAUAGAGAUGUUCAUGGUAAAAGUACUGCCUUUGCACAGGAGCCUGUUUCUAAAGAAACCCAUGCUGUGAAAUAGAGACUUUCCUACUGAUCAUCGUAACUCUGACUGAACAGUGACACCAACCACGUCAGAAGUCAACCAAAGGUGAUUGAAGCUGAAAAUUGCCUGAGGAAUGUGUGCAGUAUCCAGAAAAAUGAACCAUAGUGGGUUUUUUUUUUAAUUUUAAAUACAGAAGUCUUGUUGUUUCUGCACUUUAGACUAAAGCAUGGAAGAAAUUAUUUUAGUAGGCAAUUGUAAUGCUUUCUGAAAGUAACCCAUUUCAGAUUGGAGAUAACUGCAAUAAUGAUUGUCUUUAAAAAAAAAGAUAUACUGUUAAGGUAUUACUUUUUUCAUGCUGAUGAAUAUCUACAUUGGAUUGUGAUGUUAGCUGACAGUGGUACUGAUUUCUUUAGGUUGGUUGCUUUGUGGAUUUCUUUGGUAGUGUUAGUGAAACACGUUUUAGAUGACCUGAUCGUGUAUGUAUGUGCAUACACAUAUACAAACACACUAAUGGUAGAAAGCUUUUUUAUGUGCUCGCUAUUAUAUUUAGCAGUAUGUCCUUGUAACUAGCCAAUACCACAGCUUUUUAAAAACUAAAAAUCACAAUAUUAUAUUAAUAUUUUCAUAUUUGCCAAUAGAGACAUGGCAGAAUAGGUAUCGCUAUGUUUCAGUGCCCAAUAGCCUGUAAGAAAAAAAGAGAGACAUGUCAAAAAUGAGUUGACGUUUUCUAUAAAACAUAGUAUUUAGUUUAUAACUGAAAGCAAUCUUGAAGUCCAGUAUGAACUGUACUAAAUCUGUCAUCUGGUUCAAACUCAAAGCUUGCUCAAAACUUUAUUCUUUAAGAAUUAAGUGCUCAGUAGGUUGGCUUAGGUGGUACCUGAGGUCUCUUCCUUCUUUAGAAUUUAAAGACAAGAAUUUUGGUGACAAAAUUGUACCUAUUGGAAUUCCACAUAUGGGUCUACAUAAGACCAACUUUGGCUAAUGUCUGGAAGCAGAGAAAAAAGGUGAGGAAAAGCCAAAUUUUAGGAGUUAUGACAGUAUUAUUCCAUCUUUAAUAUACUGAGGCAUCUUUUAAGCAAAUUUUUCUACCUUUAUCAGUCCUUGGUACUUGUCAUAAGUUGAUAAGGUAUUGAACUUGCAAAAAAUAUAUGUAACUUUUAUUAGUUUUACCUUUUUCUCCAAGAGUCUAUCAAUUUGUCAUUUUUACACACACCAUCCAGAUAUCAGAUAUUAUUUUAGCUUGUAAGUGUUCACCUGUUCUUCACAAUAGAUGGUAAAAGAAUACUCCAGUGUCUUGGCAAUAUGUUCUAGCAUAGAGAUAUACAUGCAGUGUAGUUCUAUAAACUUAUACCUCAUUUGACAUAACCCAAACUGUCUUAGUCUCAAUUCCUAUCACACUGAGGGAGCCUCCCAAGUGACUCUUUUCUAACAGACAGUAUUCCCCUGGAAGAGCUGGCCAGGGCAGGCUGGCCUGAGGAGUGACCACUGCCUUCCAAAGUCUGUUUUUCUCAUACAUCAGUAAAGACUUGUUGAAUCCACUAGCUUGUAGCACACCUGGACCAAAGGAAGGAAAGCCGCCAAGAUUGCACAGGUCAUUCACCCACGACAGAGUAGACAUGAGUCUAUGAUAAGAUGAACUAGAAUUCACAUUCAGUGCCUGAUGUAGCAUUAACUCCCAUAAUUGUAGUGAAAUGGAUCAAAGUUUGAAUUAAAGCCUUUGGCAAGGCAACUUUGCUUGUACUUUUGAAUAAGAGCUUCUUCUGAUCACUACUAUCUGUUUUUUCUAGAAAGUCUGAAGUUGAGAAGAGAGUAUAUCAAUUCUGACUUUUAUUCCAGUACUGAGAUGGAAUAAGUUUUAGGUUAGAAUGUUGUGCAGUUUGGAUUUAAUCUUUUGAAAAAUAAAUUCCUUAUUUACUUGUUUGGUUACAGUUCUCUCUGUUAUCAGUAAGAGGUAAAACUGCAAGGUGACUAGCAUGUUCUGUGAAUCUGCCAUUCCUAAAAGUUUUAUAAACACUUGAUAUUUUUCACUGAUAAUUGAUCGCUGCAAUAAAUAUAUAUUGUGAAAAUGCAUCCACAAAAAAUGGAA